AUUGACGUUUCUUUGCACAGUUCGUUGUUCGCCUAAGGGUUCGAUCGUUGUUAAUUUUAUUCUCAUUUGUUAUAAAAUAAGAUUGCGUGACCCUUAUGCCAGGAUAUCUUCUCUGUGCCUAAGCGGCUGUAUUUCAUUGAUACGGGUUUUUUCAUUAUACUCUUUCAUACUUCAAAAAAUGGUCAAUUCAAAAUCUAUUGAACGUCCCACAAUGCUGCUACGAAUAUAUUCCUUAGUAGUGCUGGCACUUGACCUCUUGAUGCUCUUCAUUGGAAUCUGGUUUGCGAUAAUAGUUGCCUUGUUCAGAACUCUUAGACCUCCACCGUUGAAGAGUCUUCAGGGAGAAGUUGCAUUAGUAAUCGGUGCUGGUCGGGGAGUAGGUAGGGAGAUUGCUCUUCAGUUAUCUCAGCUUAAUGUCACUGUUGCUUGCAUGGAUAUAGAUGCAGACAUGUGCGAGGCUACUACAAGACGUGCUCGUCAGUCUGGUACUGCAAGCUCCUAUGUUUGCGAUGUGACCAACAGAGAUCAGGUUGCGGAAGUUGUGGAAAAAAUUAGAUCUGAUAUGGGUGAAAUCACAAUGCUCUUACAUUGCUGCGGAGUUCCUAGUCCCAGAGCUCUAAUUCAUGACCCACCAGAAAUUCGGCAAACCAUGGAUGUCUCUGUGCUUAGCCACUUCUGGCUCCUGGACUCGGUGCUACCUUGUAUGCAGCGCGCGGGUCGUGGCCAUAUCGUUGCUCUAUCGUCGGUAGCAGGUUUGUCGGGUGGAGCAACUCGAGGAGGUCGUGUCCCGCUGUCUACAGCUCAGUUUGCAGUCCAAGGGUUAGCAGAGUCUUUGCAUACUGAACUCAGACACACAAACAGCAACAUACUGGUAACAUUGAUUCAUGUCUACCCAUUUAUUGUCGGAGCUGAAGUUGCCAAGGAUAUAAGACUGAGAAUACCCAGCUAUUUUGGGACCAUGCCUGCUGCUGAGGCAGCAAAACAAAUUUUGGAUGGAGUAAGAAGAAAUUACGCCGAGUUUAGUGUACCUGGAUAUCUUCUGUACCUCGGUCACAUCCUCAGAAUACUCCCGAAAAAGGCGUCGUUCAUGCUGCGGGAUUUACUAGACACCGGUGUUGAUUUUGGAUGAUUUAGUUGUAAAUAUAGAAUUAAACUGAUUGUAACAUGUUAAAUCGAUUCAUUUUUGUAUUGAAAUAAAAUAUUGAUAUCAAA